CCAUCUCAUGGGAAGUCAUGUUUAUGAAGAAUAUUUAUAUUUACUAGAGUGCUAUGUUUAUUAUGAAAAUACUGUGAUGCUAAUAAAGGAUGUCUAAGGGUAUGGGAAAGUUUCCUAGUGUGAUAGGAAGGGGAAAGCAGAUGAAGAACCAAAUCCCAGGUGGCUGAAGAUGGCUACAUAAGUGUUGGAGGAAUUAGCAGUGCAGCAAAGUGAACAGUGGCUGGUCUGGAAGGUGGAGUUGUGGGUGGCUUUUGCUUACUUCUUUGCUUAUGCUUCUCUGCGUUUUCCAAGUGUUGCACAUGAAUAUAGAUUAGUUUUUGCUCAGAAAAGGGAACAUUUUGAAAAGGUUCUUUUGGGAGCCUCAGCCUUCCAGAAGAAUAUCGGGGUAGAAGGAGUCACAGUCAGCACGUGGGACAAGUGGCUUCCAGCCCUUCCUGGCUGGGUGUCUCUGCCCUCAGGGCCUGCAGCUGAGGCGGCUGAGCUGUUCUGUCCUCAUGCCUGCGGCGGACUGACCCCUCCUGCUGUCCAGCUCAGCUCCCUGCUGCAGCUGGCCAAGCCCUGGAGCUGGGCUGUGAUGACGUUUUCACUGGUCCACAGACAAGUUGGAAAAAUGACAAUGGUUGUCCUGCCAGGAUGGCUGUGCUCCACAAAGGUCUCCUCGCUCAUCGAGAGGAUCUCUGACCCUAAGGACUUGAAAAAACUUCUCAGGACCCGGAAUAAUGUAUUGGUGCUUUACUCCAAAUCCGAGGCUGCAGCUGAAAGUCAUCUCAGGUUACUGUCCACUGUGGCCCAGGCAGUGAAAGGACAAGGCACCAUCUGCUGGGUGGACUGUGGUGACACAGAGAGUAGAAAAUUGUGCAAGAAGAUGAAAGUUGACCUGAGCCCAAAGGACAAAAAGGUCGAAUUAUUCCAUUACCAGGACGGUGCAUUUCACACUGAAUAUAACCGAGCUGUGACAUUUAAGUCCAUAGUGGCCUUUCUGAAGGAUCCGAAAGGGCCCCCGCUGUGGGAGGAAGAUCCUGGAGCCAAAGAUGUGGUUCACAUUGACAGUGAAAAGGACUUCAGACGGCUCCUGAAGAAGGAAGAGAAGCCGCUGCUGAUGAUGUUUUAUGCCCCGUGGUGCAGCAUGUGCAAGAGGAUAAUGCCGCAUUUCCAGAAGGCUGCCACCCAGCUGCGAGGCCACGUUGUGCUGGCCGGGAUGAACAUCUACCCCUCGGAAUUUGAAAACAUCAAGGAGGAGUACAACGUGCGGGGCUACCCCACCAUCUGCUACUUCGAGAAAGGACGGUUUCUGUUCCAGUAUGAAAACUACGGGUCUAGCGCCGAGGAUAUUGUGGAGUGGCUGAAGAAUCCGCAGCCGCCACAGCCCCAGGUCCCCGAGACUCCCUGGGCAGAUGAGGGCGGCUCCGUUUAUCACCUGACCGACGAAGACUUUGACCAGUUUCUGAAGGAGCACUCCUCUGUCCUCGUCAUGUUCCACGCCCCAUGGUGUGGACACUGUAAGAAAAUGAAGCCAGAGUUUGAGAGUGCAGCGGAAGUCCUCCACGGAGAAGCAGACAGCUCUGGUGUCCUUGCAGCUGUCGAUGCCACUGUCAACAAGGCCCUGGCAGAAAGAUUCCACAUCUCCGAGUUCCCCACACUGAAGUACUUUAAGAACGGAGAGAAAUAUGCAGUGCCCGUGCUCAGAACGAAGAAGAACUUUAUUGAGUGGAUUCGAAACCCCGAGGCCCCCCCACCCCCAGAGCCCACCUGGGAAGAGCAGCAGACCAGUGUGCUGCAUCUGAUGGGGGACAACUUCCGGGAGACCCUGAAGAAGAAGAAACACACCUUGGUCAUGUUCUAUGCCCCUUGGUGCCCGCACUGUAAGAAGGUCAUUCCAUACUUCACCUCCACUGCGAACGUCUUCAAAGAUGACCGAAAGAUCUGCUGCGCUGCUGUUGACUGCAUCAAAGAGAAGAACCAGGACCUGUGUCAGCAGGAGGCCAUCAAGGGCUACCCCACUUUCCACUACUACCACUAUGGGAAGUUUGUAGAAAAAUAUGACAGCGAUCGGACGGAAUUGGGAUUUACCAAUUUUAUUCGAACCCUCCGGGAGGGAGAUCACGAGAGACUAGGGAAGAAGAAAGAAGAGUUGUAAUUUCUGCCUCAGAGAAAGCCUUUCCAUUGCACUGUGAAUGAUAUCUGUUUUAUUGUUCUUUCUGAAUUUCCAUGUGUCUGAAGACAAAGUUUUUUAGAGCCACGUAUGGCCAUUUUGUACAAUUUUGAAAUAAAAUUAAACCAGUUGUUUGGU